UAUAUAUAUAUCCUUGUGUAAUAUAGAAUGAUAUUCUAAAAAUAUAAAUAAAAUUUAAUGAAAUUGUAAAUACAUCUGAAUUGCAAACAAUGGAAAGACGAAAUUAAAUGGUAGUUUAUUCAGUUAUGCGAAGAUCGCAUUCAAAAUUCUUUUGUUUGUUUAACAAUUGUUUUGUUGGAGUUGUAUUUACGCGGGUAUCGAUAUCUCUAUAUAAAUCGACCAGAUAGUUGCUGUAAAUCAGAAAGUAGUUCGUCAUGAAACUAGUCACAGUUGUGUUGCUCUUUGUGGUAGUCCUGUAUGUGGCCGCUUCGGCGAAUGCCCAAGCAACUAGAUCACCGGGUACAGCGGCAGCUGGGCCAAGGCCUACAACUAGACGAACCACAAGACGUACUACUUUACGAACAACAAGACGUACAACUGGAAGAACAACCAGACGUACCACUGGAAGAACAACGAGACGUACUACUGGAAGAACAACCAGACGUACCACUGGAAGAACAACGAGACGUACCACUGGAAGAACAACGAGACGUACCACUGGAAGAACAACAAGACGAACCACAGGAAGAACAACACGACGUACUACUGGAAGAACAACGAGACGUACCACUGGAAGAACAACGAGACGUACUACUGGAAGAACAACGAGACGUACCACUGGAAGAACAACACGACGUACUACAAGAAGGACAACGAGACGUACCACAACAGGACCGAGCUGCAAUGAUAAUUGUCCACCAGACUUUCAACCCGUUUGUGGAACAGUUUUUCGGGAGGGAAGGUUCAUAAACUGUAAUUUCAGCAAUCAAUGUAAUCUGGAUAAUCACAGUUGUCGAAGACGGGAAGUGUGGAUAUCCAGGAGCGGUAACUGCGCUCAAAAGUCCAGCAACAGAGACUGUGCUUAAUCUAAUUCAAAACGACUGAUAUGAAAAGAUUAUUUUUGAAUGAUAAAAAAAUAAUUAAUGACUUUAAAAAUAUUUUUGUCUUUUUUUAUAAAAUGAUAGAAGGAAUUUUAAAAUAAAAAAAAUUAAAGUGUAAAUUGGUACAUUAAUAAGUGGUAAUAAGGUAGUAUUAUAAUUUGCAAAAUGGAAAUACACUGCGCGUUAUCAGGUUAGCGACCCCCUUUAAUAAACGUUUAUUGCUU